CCUCCUGGCAUGUCAUUAUUUAGUAGUGAAUCUAGGGGGAGGAGGAAGAGUAAAGGUUGUGCUGGUUUAGUUUCUCUGAAAGUACAAAGGGACAGAUUAUCAGACGCUCAGUAAUCUAGUCUACUCUUCAGCAGACUCACAGAAAAACAUACAUGUACUAAGAACAAGAUACGUGAGCGCAGAACUACUUCGAAAGGACCAUGCCCUUUUUUGAUCCAAUUACAGCGCUCAUUGCUAUUGUCCUAUUUGUUCUUGUCCUAAAAAAUUUCUACGUGCCAAAGGAUGUCCUCAUCGGUUUUCCACCUGGCCCAAAAGGUUUGCCAAUUAUUGGAAAUCUUCACAUGCUUAAUCUGAAGAGACCACAGGAAACUUUCAUGCAGCUGUCCAAGAAGUAUGGAUCAGUAUUUAGCAUACAGAUAGGCACAAAGAAGGUGGUGGUACUUUGUGGUUAUAAAGCGAUUAAAGAUGCUCUCGUCACUCAUGCAGAAGAGUUUGCUGAAAGACCAGAGAUUCCAAUUUUCCAGAAGUACCUAAAAGGAUAUGGUAUAUUAUUUUCACGUGGAGACAAUUGGAAAGCAAUGAGACGGUUUACCAUUUCAACUCUGAGAGACUUUGGAAUGGGGAAGACAUCUUUGGAGGACAAGAUUCAUGAAGAAUGUGAUGCAUUAGUGAAUACGUUUAAAUCAUUUAAAGGCAAACCAUUUAACAAUGCCAUGAUCAUGAAUUCUGCUGUAGCCAACAUAAUAGUGUCUAUAAUGCUCGGCCAUCGCUAUGAUUUUGAAGAUCCAAUCUUUAAAAGGCUAAUGAGCAUGAUGAUGGAAAACUCAAGGCUCAUUGGAAGCCCCAUGGUCAUGCUGUACAACAGUUACCCACAAGUGAUAAGAUGGAUACCUGGGGACCAUAAAACCAUUUUUAAAAAUGGUUUUGAAUUUCAGACCUUCUUAAGAAGUACUUUCAUGAAACAUGCAGCUCAGCUAGACAGAAAUGACCCGAGAAGCUUAAUCGAUGUAUUUCUCAUAAGACAACAAGAGGAGAAGCCUGGUGCUGGUAAUUACUUUCACGACAAUAACCUAAUCAUACUUCUAAGUAACUUGUUCGCUGCUGGGAUGGAGACAACUUCCACCACUCUGAGAUGGGGACUUCUCCUAAUGAUGAAAUACCCUGAAAUUCAGAAGAAUGUCCAGAAGGAAAUUGAUAAUGUGAUUGGUUCCUCCAGACCACAAAGUUCUCACAGGAAAGAAAUGCCCUAUACAGAUGCUGUCAUUCAUGAGAUCCAAAGAUUUGCCAAUAUUGUACCAAACAACCUUCCCCACGAAACAACUACAGAUGUCACAUUCUGGGGAUAUACUAUACCAAAGGGUACUUAUAUUAUCCCAUCACUGACAACUGUUUUGCGCGAUGAGACUUACUUUGAGAGACCGGAAGAGUUUUAUCCUCAGCAUUUUUUAACUGCCGAUGGACAGUUCUUACGAAACGAAGCUUUUAUGCCUUUCUCAGCAGGUAAGAGAAGCUGUGCAGGGGAGAAUUUGGCUAAAAUAGAGCUGUUCCUCUUCUUUUCAAGACUGCUGCAAAACUUCACCUUCCAGGCUCCUCCUGGGGCUGUUCUGGACCUCACACCUGCAAUAGGAAUUACCGUGCCUCCUCAGAGUCACAUGAUCUGUGCUAUACUGAGAUCCUAAACAGAUUCAGCCACUAGUUGGGGUUAUUUUACUAAAGAAGUUGAGCAUUUUUACUUUAUGUAUUGGGAUGUUUUGUAUAGUGCUGGAUGGGAUUGCACAUUGAAAAUCCCUGAAACGUGAGAGAAGCUUAAUUAAAAAUGAAAUUGUCCUUUAAAGAGACCAUGUCACCAACUUUAAAUUCAUGGUUAGAAGCACAGACAUUUUAAAUAAUUUAUAUGCAUAUUUGUUUUUUCUUUCCAUAUUUUUUUCUUAUUCACUUGCAUUGAGAAAGUCAAUUCCGUAGCACAGUCCCCUCCCUCCUUGCAGUUCAUAAACCUUUCUUCUUCUGGAAGAGUGUAAUUACUCAUUGUGGUGACACAGCAUCUCCCUCCCUUCCCUCACCUCCCUAAAAAAAAAUGUAUUUAUCUGCCAGGAGGGAGGAGAAGCAAAGGGGGAUUACUACUACUUACAAAGUGACAACUAGUUGAGGCUGAUGACAUCACAUCCAAGAUGGUGGUGUACAACUGAAGUCUCAGGGCUCUUGGGUGUCUAUACAAAUAAGGCUUUUACAGGUUAAGAACAUGAAUAAAAUACAGUGGCCCGGAUUCAGAAAGAAGAUACAACGGCGUAUCUCCUGAUACGCCGUCGUAUCUCUGAGUCCGGCCGU